GCCAAACAACCAAAGCUCCCACCAAUCCUCCAUUCCUCCAUUCCUUCCUCCUCGCGAAACCAAGGACCAAGCAAGAAGCAGGGCCACCGGAGAUGGCAGCGGCGGCACCAGCUUCAGGAGGCACGGCCCGCGCGUGCCCGCCGCCGGCCACCCGGUUCGCGGCGGCGUGCGGCGCGCUCAGCCGCUACGUCAGGGCGGCCGAAGCCGAGAGGGUGCCCGUUCCUGUGCGGCUCCCGCUCCCGCUCAUGCCGGGCGCCGACGUCGCCGCCCAGGAUCCCGCCGCCGAAGCGGCUCUGACUCCUGCGCAGAUGACCAUCGUGUACGGCGACCAGGUGCUGGUGCUCGACGGCGUCCCCGCGGACAAGGCGGCGGGCCUGCUGCGCCUCGCCACCGCCGCGGCGCGGGGAGGACCACCUGCGGCCGCCGACCUGCCGGUGGCGAGAAAGGCGUCGCUGCAGCGGUUCAUGGAGAAGCGCAGGGGCCGGGCCGCCGCCCGGACGGCGGCGACGCGUGCCCGGCAGCUGACGACCAGCAGUAUCUCAAGCUCGCUCUCUGAGCCUCUGACUGAUUCCUCUGCUUCGUGCCUGCAUGCUGGUAGAGUAGGAAGAGCACGCCGAAUCGAAUGUACAGAGAGAUGAAAUUUUGUUGCGCAUGUAGUAUGCUGUUCUUGAUGAAGAAAACAAAAGGCUUGGAUUUCCAUAAUCCUGCAAAAUUAAGCUGCAGAUUUAUGCCCGUUUGAAGGAAUCUUCAGUAGUGUUCGUCGAUUGGAA